GUCUGGAUACCCAAAAGCGACGAGUCUGGUCGCCCUUUGGCGAAUCCACCCCUCCGGCCCGCGAAACGCGACUCGGGGCGCGGCGCCAUGGCUGCGCUGGCACAGGCCUUGGCGCUCAGCUCGGAUCAGGACUCCUGCCGGCGCUUCUGCGCGGAAGCGCUGGCCUCCGCGAGGCACUGGGGUCCAGCAGAGCACCGCCUGCUCUUCGAGCGGCUACCGCAGUUGAUGCACCGGCUCCACACCUGGUUCGGGCUCUCCAACGGGGGCUUGGAGGAGGCGGUGCUGCGGGCCUUCCACCCGCUGGGGCCCUUGGAGCCGCACCUCGCGGCCAUGGAGCAGGCGGCCUUUGUGUUUCCUUUGCGUCGACUGCCGCCUCGGACGCUGAAGACGGUGCUUAGCAUGGCCCAGAAGGAUGGCUUCAGGAGGGACUGGCGGCAGAAGGGCUUCGCGGUCGAGGAGGACCUGAACAACUCCCUGGUGGCGCUCCUGGGCCCCGAGCGCCUGGCGAAAGCCAGCGGAGACCUGGAGGGCUUGGCCUUGACCGCCCGGGAGUUCAUGCUGUGCACCUUGGUGUACUAUGUGGUGGCCGAGCCGCCUUUACCGCCCAAGACAGGCACCUCCGGCAGCACCGGCAUGGCGAUGGGCGCUUCAACCUCCGCCGCCUGGAGCGGCGCCUCUUCCGGCGCUUCUUCGGCGCUCGGCGGCGGCGCUUCCGGCGGCGCAAGCGGCGCAAGGGCGAGGCCUGGGACGUUGAGCGCCACCUUCGAGCGCCUUCUGCUGGCGCAUCUGCACGCGUAUCUGCCCCACCGGCAAUACGAGGUGGCUCGAGCACAGGAGUCGCACUGCUCCCUCUUCUUCACCCGCCUGGUGCACGAGUUCCUGAUCGUACAGCGGCCCUUCUCUUCUGCUGCCUCGGUGUUGAAGUGCCUGCCAGACGCGCGCCUGCAGGCGCCGGUGUUGCACAGUGCCAGGCUAGUGUUGCUGCACGUGCUGGCCAACCCCUGCCUGCGCCAGGGCUGCGAGGAGACGGCGGAGCGGCUGAUGUUCGCUGGUCCGGGCAAAGGCGGCGCGGGCCGGGCGCGGGUCACGCGGGAGCUGGCGCUGCUGGGGCCCGGCGUGGUGCUGAUGCUGCGGGAGCUGCUGCAGAAGCUGCAGGGCCAAAAGGAGGUGGGGCUGGAGGCAGUGACCUCUCUCACGCGGCUCUGGCUGAUCCUGCUGCAGCCUUGGAAGGCCCGGCGGUUGCACGAGUGGUACCAGUCCCUGCGCCCGCCGGAGCCUCGCUUGGAGCCUCCGAAGCCGAGCGCGGCCUCGGGGAACCGCCCGGUGGACGUGGCGCUUCUGGGCCUAGAGCCGGAGAUUGGGGAGGUGACGCCACUGGUGCCCAAAGAGUAUGUGGAGGAGGCGGCAGCCUCCUCGCUGGGCGCCACCACGCGCCUCGCGGCCGCGGCGGGGCUCACCUCGGCGAAUCUCACGGCGGCCACGGCGGCCGCGCAGCUGGCGCAGCUGGUGCCGGGGGACGGGGACGCGCUCUCCUGGAGGAACUACAUCGGUGGCUUCCAGGGCGCCUACUUCCUGCUGGAGGCCUUCCUUUGCCUGCCGCUGCAUGCGGAGCUCUGCCUGGAGCUCUGCCGCCUGGGUGCUGGCUGGGACCGCACCAGCCUCUUCACCCUCGGGGCUUCGGCGGCCUUCGGGCGGCCGGCGCUGAACGCGUGGAGCGGGCCGGGGCCCUCCGGGAGCCAACUGCUGCGGCAGCGGAACGCCGUACAGGCCCUCAAGGCCCUGGGGCAGGCGCUCCUUUGCUUCAGCGACCACUUGCUGCUCCAGGUGCUGCAGGGCCAGGCAAUAGAGCCCGGCGUCUUCUUGCAGGACCGGGUGGCGUUGGAGCUCCCGAUGCUCCCGCUCUUCGACCAUGGCCAGCUCAGGCCCCAGCUGGCCACGGCCAUUGCGGUGGUCUGGGCGGCGCUGCUCUCCUCCGCCUCCGUGGUGGAGCUGCAGCCGCUGCUGGCGGCGAUCUCGCGGCAGCUGCAGCACGCCCCGCAGUUCGAGGGUUUGCCGGCGCUGGAGGACACCGCGCACCACAAGCCAUUUGCAGAGCGAGUGCUUCAGGAGUUGGGCCAGGUGUCGCCCGCCGCGCCGGCGCCGCCCGCAGCCUCGGCUUCUGUCGGCGCCGGGCCGCCGGCGACGAACUCGCUGAGUGCGGCGGCGGAGUUCGUUGGCUCGGAAUGGCAGCGCCCGGUGCGGGGGGGCGAGCUGGAGGUGUUGCUGUGCAUCGCCUACUGGCUGGCCAACCGGGUGGACCGCCUGCUGGGCCGUGGGCCACGGAUAACGCCCUGCGGCCCAGUGCCUCAGACGGAGUGGCCCCGGAUGUUCGGCAACUGGAAGUUCUCCUUGCUGGUGAGCCUCGCGCUCUGGCUGGCGGUGCUGUGGUGAGUGUGGUGAAGCGGAACUGCUAUGCGCUCCCUUGAGCGGAGCCGAGUGGAGAGUCGUAUGCGCUGAUUGUGGAG